GAGGGAGUAAUCCCGACUGAAUUUAUACAGAUUAUUGUGUAGAGCCGACAAAGUGAAAAAACACAUGAAAAGCUGUGUGGAUUGCGAGGCGGGUAAUGGUCCUUCAUCACCGGAUAGCACUUGUAGUGAUGAUGGCGAAACCUCCGAUGAUCAAAGCGGAGCUACCUCUCCCUCCAGAUCUCCCUUCCGGCCUCACUAUUCCCGGUGCCUCUGAAUCUCAUCGCCGCCGCCGCGACCUCGUCUUCGUUGUCAAUCCUCGAGGAGCUAAUGGAAAGACUGGCGAGCAAUGGAAGUCGCUGCUACCUCACCUUAGGUCGAGACUCUCUAACAACAACUAUAACAUAUGCGAGUCUUUGACAUCAGGCCCCCAUCAUGCCAUUGACAUAACAAGGGAGGCCAUACAUGAGGGAGCUGAUGCGGUGAUAGCUGUUGGUGGUGAUGGAACACUACACGAGGUUGUUAAUGGCUUCUUCUGUGGUGGUAAACCUGUUUCCAGUCAUGAUCCAGAGUCUACACACUCAACUGCUCUCGGUCUCAUUCCUUUAGGAACUGGAUCAGACUUUGCCAAAACAUUAGGAUGGAAAAAUGAUCCUCAUGAUGCUAUCGAGCGCAUCCUUGUAGGGACAAAGUCUAGGGUUGACAUUGGAUCUAUAAGCGGAGAGAGUGGAGAACCACAUUACUUCAUCAAUGUUGCUGAUAUACAUUUAAGUGCAAAGGCUGGUUAUCAUGCAUCAAAGUACAAGAAAUUCGGAAAUUUGUGCUAUGUUAUUGGUGCUUUGCAGGCUUUUUUUGGACACCACAACCAGGAUCUUAGGAUCAAGGUUGAUGAUGGUGAGUGGGAAGUAUAUCCACAAGUGACUGCUCUAUGCAUAGGGAAUGCAAAAUACUUUGGCGGGGGAAUGAAAAUCACACCCAAUGCUAACCCAACAAGUGGUAACUUCGAGGUUGUUACUCUUCAGAAUUUCAAGUGGUAUGAUUUCAUCCUCAAUCUACAUAAGCUGUACAAUGGAACACAUCUCUCCGUCAAAAAUGUAAAUUCAAGAAGUGCUCGUUCAAUCGAAGUUGAGGAGGUGGGUAGCAGCGGCAGGAGUAUCUAUGUUCAGUCUGAUGGAGAGUUUUUGGGGUUCCUCCCCAGGAAGCUUCACAUAUUACCGGGUGCCAUUGAAAUGAUAUGCUAAUGAUGAUGAACACAGCAGUCAGCCCAUGCUGCGCCAGCUUAUGAUGAAACUUGAUGUUGUUUUGCCAAAAGAGUAAUGCUAGGGGUACAAUUUUGACAUUUUGACAUACGAUAGAUGUAUUUUUCAUCUUUUAGUAAAUUUCUUCUAGUAUU